AUGGCGAUCAAUUGGAGACUUCGGAGCACAGUAUUCCAGCUAAUAGCAGCGGUAUAUGCUGAACUGGGAGAACAAGGCUUCAAAGGCCGAUAUGCGUCAAUUGCACAAUACUUUGGCCCUGAGGCCUCUUACGACGCCAUCAAAUCAUUCUUUGCGAAAGAGGUUUCAAAGGCAGCAGACCAAUUGAAAGCCCAGAACCCCAGUCACCGUGGCUCUGGACGAGGUAUCCCUUCGAGAUGCCCAGCUGGACCUUCCCGCCGUCCUCCGCAUCUCUACUUCGAUGAUGAGGACAUAAGCGUCCUGACGCAGAGGGAGUUUGAAGCGGUAGAAGCUCGCGUCGGCCAUUCACUGCGAGGUCCUGCUAAGCGCCCUCGAGUAAUCAAGGCGUCACCGCACCCAUCACCUGGUCCAGAGGUCAUAUAUGCAGCAACUGUCGUCGAUGCGCCAGAAAGCCGGUCGAUUUCCGGUCAGGCAGCCAGAAAUCAGCAGGAGCCAAACAAUCCCACCCACGUUGACACAGUCCUGUCUCAUAGUGAGGUACAGAGCGGCUCAUCCUGUCCUCCCCCCCAAAGUGAUAGUGGUCCCAGUCGCAAGCGGCUAUUUUCAGAGCUCGGUGACAGCGCACAGCCUGAAAUCGACGAGUCCAGCCGCUGCAAGCAGCCGCCGCAAUUCGAGUCAUUCGGCUACGUCACCAAUCAAGGCCAGUAUCGAUGUGCUUUGUGCUUAAGCCAGCUACCCAGUCAGGAGGCGCUUGACCGUCACGAACGCAUCAGCCAGGAGCACCUCCGCAGCCUUAAAGAUGCAAAUAAGGUGGCCAAGGGUCGGGAGAAACUAGCUCAGCUUACCAUAAUGCCGCGCGCUAGAGUUGAUCCAAACCCGCCAGCGUCUCUGCAGCCUCAGAGAGUUAGCGAUCUUCACGAGACGUCCAAGCUACAUCAACCCUGUGGGCCCUCAAAUGCUGCUCCGCCAGCAGGAAACAUCCGGCAAAGCACGCCCUUGGACACGAUACACGUCCGCAGGCACUCCGUCAGUCGUACGGCCUCCCAGCCGCCUAGCGAUGUCGGGAGACCAAAUCCACAAGAGGACUCGAGCAUCAUGGUCGAUAAAGGCAAGGCAAAAACCGCGUCUACGCUAUCUCCAGCCUCACCACUGUACGCUCCAGAUAUCCGUCCACCACCACCACCUCAAACACCAUCCCGACCGUCUCCCAUUGCGGAAACUCGACCAACAACAGCCCGAACCGAGAUAGGGACGCUGGACACGCCUCAUACGUUCAAAACAGCCUUUACCGCUCUGCAGCAGCUGCAAGAUCUCAAGCCCAAAGCGGACGGGAACCGGCUACCCUUCUCAGCGACCGAGAUUGCAGAAGUCAUGCGCUCCACCGAAAUCAUGAUACAGCUGAUGGGCCACGUGCAGAGAGAAGCCAAAGCCGUGGCCUCGUCCUACCCAGCAGCUCGAUCCUUCGACUCUGGCAUAAGCCUCGGCUCAAAUCCGGCUUCUAGUGGCGCUGACGAGCGUGAGGCCCGCUUUGCAGCUGGGACUGAAGCACUGCAAGGCCCGGCUUUGCCAGUCGCUGCGGAACGAGGCCACGCAGCGGUUCCACAGCCCAUCUCGGCGCCGGGGAUUGACGUGUACACGGGCGUGCGUCGUGACGGUGGGACCGGAGAAAGCAAAGAUAAGGGGAAACGCAAGGAUACUGGAAGCGAAGUAUCUUUCAUUGUUCUGGAGUGA